AGCGCGGGGUCCGGGGCUCCGGGGACCCUGCGCGGAGCCGCACGGCCAGGCCUCCUGCGCACCGCAGUUCUCUCCAACUCCCCGCCUCCGCCGCAUCGGGGCCCAGCGCCGCCGGAGGACCCUGUCCGGAUCUGCGAAGAAAGGAAUGUCAUGAAAAAGGAACAGAAAAGAGCCGUCAUUGUUGGUGAAAGGGGAGUUUUCUUUCCCCGCUGGUGGUUACUUCAUGAUUGGAAGAGAUGUACCUAGGUGGCUGAAGAGAUUAGAUUUUUCUAGCUGUGCAGAUGAAGCUGAUAAAAGAAGACAUGAAAAUGCUUCCUCUGGGUCAUAAUCGGCUGAUAAGUAAGAAGACCUGAAAAAGACAGAUUUGAAAUGAGGGCAGGAAUUUUGAGAUUUUUAAAACCAGGUAGGACUUUGGACAUUUAUUGAGGAUGUUUUUCUCCCAAAACGAAGAAAAAAAAAUUCUCAAAACCAGAAGUGUAAAAAGUUGAGAACAAAAACAACCGAGUCCACCCCAAGGAUUUCAGACUUCGUCACUUUCUUUGGGUAGACACACACUCAAGGGCAUCACUCACGUUUGGUGAUUUUAUUUCCGACGAUGGUUUCCUAUGCUAGGAAUGACUUCAUUUGGAGUUUGGAGUGCUUUUUUUCUUCCUUUUUCUUUUUCUUUUUCUUUUUAAACAGUGUAUGUUUUGACACUUCACGUUAAAUUUAUGCAAAGGAAGUAAAUCCUAAAGUCAUAGUAUGUUUGAGUCUGUAUAUCACUGUUUGCUCUGUGAUAUGGAAAAACUAGAGGAUUUAACAUUCCUUGAAAUUUUAUUGGAAGCAAAACUGUGUUAGAGACGCAGAUAUACAGUGUAAGUUUUCUCUUUUUGGCAAUCGUAUUUGCUUUGAAGGAGCCAACUAUCAGCUGGAUUUCACAGCAUAAGCGAUUUAUAGUCUUUGUUUUAUCAAGGCCUUAAAUGGGUGUUUUAUACUGAGCAGAUGGGAACCACAUUGAGCACUCUGUUUGACAUGAUUGCCUAAGGAAAGGAACUCCCUGAUGGAUCAUGGCGUUAAUGUUUACAGGACAUUUCUUAUUUUUAGCAUUAGUGAUGUUUGCUUUCUCAACUUUUGAGGAAUCUGUAAGCAAUUACUCUGACUGGGCAGUUUUUGCAGAUGAUAUAGAUCAGUUUAAAACACAGAAAGUGCAAGAUUUCGGAUCCAACCAAAAGCUGAAAAAAAGUAUGCUUCAUCCAAGUUUAUAUUUCGAUGCAGGAGAAAUCCCAACAAUGAGACAAAAGUCUCGCACAAGCCAUUUGCAUCUUUUUAGAGCUAUCAGAAGUGCAGUGACAGUCAUGCUGUCCAACCCAACAUACUACCUACCUCCACCCAAGCAUGCUGAUUUUGCUGCCAAGUGGAAUGAAAUUUAUGGUAACAAUCUGCCUCCUUUAGCACUGUACUGUUUGUUAUGCCCAGAAGACAAGGUUGCCUUUGAAUUUGUCCUGGAAUAUAUGGACAGGAUGGUUGGCUACAAAGACUGGCUAGUUGAGAAUGCACCAGGGGAUGAGGUCCCCAUUGGCCAUUCCUUAACAGGCUUUGCCACUGCCUUUGACUUUUUAUAUACCUUACUAGAUGAUCAUCGAAGACAAAAAUACCUGGAGAAAAUAUGGGUGAUUACCGAGGAAAUGUAUGAAUAUUCCAAGGUGCGCUCAUGGGGCAAACAACUUCUUCAUAACCACCAAGCUACUAACAUGAUAGCACUGCUCACCGGGGCCUUGGUGACUGGGGUAGAAAGAGAAUCUAAAGUAAAUUUAUGGAAACAAGUUGUAGUAGAUGUGAUGGAAAAGACCAUGUUUCUGUUGAAUCAUGUUGUUGAUGGUUCUUUGGAUGAAGGUGUGGCGUAUGGGAGCUACACAGCUAAAUCGGUCACACAGUAUGUUUUUCUGGCCCAGCGCCAUUUUAACAUCAACAACUUGGAUAAUAACUGGUUAAAAAUGCACUUUUGGUUCUAUUAUGCCACCCUUUUACCGGGCUUCCAAAGAACUGUGGGUAUAGCAGAUUCCAAUUAUAAUUGGUUUUAUGGUCCAGAGAGCCAGUUGGUUUUCUUGGAUAAGUUCAUCUUAAAGAAUGGAGCUGGAAAUUGGUUAGCUCAGCAAAUUAGAAGGCACCGACCUAAAGAUGGACCAAUGGUCCCCUCCACUGCCCAGAGGUGGAGUACUCUUCACACUGAAUACAUCUGGUAUGAUCCCCAGCUCACCCCACAGCCUCCUGCUGACUAUGGUACUGCAAAGAUGCACACAUUCCCUAACUGGGGUGUUGUUACUUAUGGGGCUGGAUUGCCAAAUACCCAGACCAAUACCUUUGUGUCUUUUAAAUCGGGGAAACUAGGAGGUCGAGCUGUGUAUGACAUAGUUCACUUUCAGCCGUACUCCUGGAUUGAUGGGUGGAGAAGCUUUAACCCAGGACAUGAGCAUCCAGAUCAGAACUCAUUUACUUUUGCUCCCAAUGGGCAAGUAUUUGUUUCCGAAGCUCUCUAUGGACCUAAGUUGAGCCACCUUAACAACGUAUUGGUGUUUGCGCCAUCACCCACGAGCCAGUGUAAUAAGCCCUGGGAAGGUCAACUGGGAGAAUGUGCACAGUGGCUCAAGUGGACCAGUGAGGAGGUUGGUGACGCAGCAGGGGAAAUCAUUACUGCCUCUCAACACGGGGAAAUGAUAUUUGUGAGUGGGGAGGCAGUGUCUGCUUACUCUUCUGCAAUGAAGCUAAAAAGCGUGUAUCGUGCUUUGCUUCUCCUAAAUUCUCAAACUUUGCUAGUUGUCGAUCACAUUGAGAAGCAAGAUGAUUCCCCAAUAAAAUCUGUCAGUGCCUUCUUUCAUAAUCUGGAUAUUGAUUUUAAGUACAUCCCAUAUAGGUUUAUGAACAAGUAUAAUGGCGCCAUGAUGGACGUGUGGGAUGCACACUACAAAAUGUUUUGGUUUGAUCACCAUGGCAAUAGCCCUGUUGCUAGUAUACAGGAAGCAGAGCAAGCUGCUGAAUUUAAGAAACGGUGGACCCAGUUUGUUAACGUUACGUUUCAGAUGGAAUCCACAAUCACAAGAAUUGCAUAUGUCUUUCAUGGGCCAUAUGUCAAUGUUUCCAGCUGCAGAUUUACUGAUAAUUCCAAUUCUGGACUUCAGAUUUCUCUCAACGUCAACAAUACUGAGCAUGUUGUCUCCAUUGUAACUGACUACUACAACCUGAACACAAGAUUCAGUUACCUGGGAUUUGGUGGCUUUGCCAAUGUGGCUGAUCAGGGCCAAAUCACCCGAUUUGGUUUGGGCUCUCAAGCAAUAGUAAGGCCCGUAAGACAGGAUCAAGUUAUUUUCCCCUUUGGAUUUAAAUUUAAUAUAGCAAUUGGGUUGAUUUUGUGCAUUAGCUUGUUGAUUUUAACUUUUCAGUGGCGGUUUUACCUUUCUUUUAGAAAGCUAAUGCGAUGGAUCCUAAUACUUGUUGUUGUCUUGUGGUUUAUCGAGCUCCUGGAUGUGUGGAGCACUUGCACUCAGCCCAUCUGUGCAAAAUGGGCAAGGACGGAGAUGGAGGCCAGCACAAAGUCUGUGUCUUCCCAAGGGCACCACGUUGAUCGUCCCGAUGUUGUCAUUACCUCACUUCCUGGUUCAGGAGCGGAAAUUCUCAAACAACUAUUUUUCAACAGUAGUGAUUUUCUCUACAUCAGGGUUCCCACAGCCUACAUUGAUAUCCCUGAGACGGAAUUUGAAAUUGACUCCUUUGUAGACGCCUGCGAAUGGAAGGCAUCAGAUAUCCACAGUGUGCAUUUCCGUCUACUCCGAGGCUGGUUGCAGUCUUUAGUCCAAGAUACAAAACUGCACUUGCAAAACAUCCAUCUGCAUGAAUCCAGUAGGGGUAAACUGGCCCAAUAUUUUAUAGUGAAUAAGGACAAGAAAAGAAAAUCGAAGAGGAGAGAGUCUUUGUCGGAACAAAGAAGUAGAAUGAAAGGCGCCUUUGAUAGAGAUGCUGAAUACAUUAGGGCUUUGAGGAGACACCUGGUUUACUUCCCGAGCGCACGGCCUGUGCUCAGUCUAAGCAGUGGGAGCUGGACCUUAAAGCUUCAUUUUUUUCAGGAAGUUUUGGGAUCUUCACUGAGGGCAUUGUAUGUAGUAAGGGACCCUCGGGCAUGGAUUUAUUCAAUGCUGUACAGUAGCAAACCAAGUCUUUACUCUCUGAAGAAUAUACCAGAGCGCUUAGCUAAACUGUUUAAAGUAGAGGGAGGUAAAGGCAGAUGUAGCUUAAAUUCGGGCUAUGCUCUGGAGUAUGAAUCAUUAAGGAAAGAAUUAUCAAAACCCAAGUCCAACGCAGUCUCCUUGUUGUCUCAUUUGUGGUUGGCACACACAGCAGCAGCCCUGAGAAUAAAUGCAGAUUUGCUACCUACCAGCUACCAGCUGAUCAAGUUUGAAGAUAUUGUGCAUUUCCCCCAGAAAACCACUGAAAGGAUUUUUGCCUUCCUUGGCAUCCCUUUGUCUCCUGCUAGUUUAAACCAAAUAUUGUUUGCCACUUCCACGAACCUUUUCAAUCUUCCCUACGAAGGGGAAAUAUCACCAAGUAAUAAUAAUGUUUGGAAACAAAACUUGCCUAGAGAUAAAAUUAAACAGAUUGAAAACAUCUGCUGGACACUGAUGGACCGUCUAGGAUACCCAAAGUUUAUGGACUGAGUGCUGCAGGUCAGCAGAAAUUUGCACUAAUACUUUCCAACCCAAUUUGUGGACAUGAUUAGAAGAGUUUAUUCUUGUAACUCUGUGUGUGUGUGUGUGUGUGUGUGUGUGAGAGAGAGAGAGAGAGAGAGAGAGAGAAAGAGAACGUGUGUGUUCAGUUAAUUACUUGCACAGAGAGAUUGUUUUAAAAAUAGACACCAUAUUUGGUGGAGCACAAUUUAAUUUUUAUGUCACUACUUUCUUGCCUUUGUUUCUGAAUUGUUUUCUGCUAAAGUGCUUCCACUACAGAGGUACAGAUGAAGUUCUAUUGUGUCAGGAAAUACAGGAAGAUUUUUAAAGUUUUUGUCUUAACUCUCUUCAUCUGCAACUGUGCUGAUGUGUCCUGGAACCUCAAAGACUGCUCAAGGCCUUCAGUGGCUGUUUUACCCAAGCAUCUCUUGCUUUUAAGAUGGACUACAGAGGUUCCUUAGCUUUUUAUAAAAGGUCUUCUAACAUGUUUAUCCUGCACUAGAAAAUAAAUCCUUUACUGUGUAUAAUGUUUAGUGAUAUCACUGGGGAAAUGGUGGAAACUUCUGUCUGAACUAUAGGGUUCCUUCUAUAAAAUACAGAUGGACAUACAGAAGGAAUAUGGUUUUUUGCAGAUCAGAAACUGACCUAAACAGCCUCCUUAACGUUUUCUCCUUUGAAGUAAUGGAAUCAGUCUUUGCAUAAUCCGGGUGCCAAGGGCUGGUGGAGUAUUUUGGACCUGCUUGCCUGUGUAAAACUCCUUUCUUUGUAUUGCCUCCUUGAAGCCACAGCUGCUAGCAUCACACCACUCCCAUCCUGUCCCUUUUGUCACUGUCAUGCAGAAUCAGUCGCAGUUACUGAUGGCUAAACUCUCUGUAUUUUCCAGGAUCCCCACCCCCCAGCCCCCGAUGAUUAAUUUUGCAUUAAAGCCUAACACAGACUUAGAAUGAAACUUCUUUUUGUGGAAUUAUCACUGUAUGACUCAAAGGAAGCUGAGCCACCACGGGCUGCAUUUUUUUUUUAGACUAGAAGCAGAGUUGGAAAACUGCCUGACUUGUCUCGCAUCCUUUGAAUGAGUUUACAGACUGCCAGUGUGGGCAAAUGGGAGAUGAUGUCAGAGGCAUCUGUUUCCUUUACCAUCUGCAUCUUAUUAGAAAUACCGUCGUCAUCGAAUGCGGUUCAUUUUCUUUUGGUAGUCGCUGAAAUCCAAAUGCUGUGCCAGUAGAAGCCAGUGGAGUAAUUACAAUGUACUGGAUGAAAACUAUUAGUCAGUGUGGAGACUUGAUGAAAUCUCUGUACAGAUUGCAGUCUUCUUCCUGAUGUUGCAAACUGUCGUUUCCCCCAAGCUCUCUAACACUUGGGCGUCUGUUAUUCUGACCUAGAUAAAAGUGGUUCUUUCUCA